CUUAAACACGUGAAUCUGCCUCGCGAGUGUCUGCCGCGUUUCCUAGCGAUCGCAAAAGUCAACACGAUGAUAAAUCGAGAGACCUGUGGACUCUUGCUCGGGAAGGACAAGGGCCACAAAUUUGUUGUCACGACGAUGUUGAUACCGAAGCAGCACUCGACGAGUGACACAUGUACAAUGGACGGAGAGGAGCUGGUGUUACGUUUUACGGAGGAGAGGAACUUGAUUACUCUUGGAUGGAUCCAUACGCACCCCACACAAACCUGUUUUAUGUCGUCUGUCGACUUGCAUACCCACUCCGGGUUUCAACGUAUGCUUCCCGAAUCUUUUGCAGUUGUUUGCGCACCCAGACAUAACCCCAACUUUGGUAUCUUCCGCCUCACAGAUCCCCCAGGUCUGCAGACGAUUUUGAACUGCACUGCUACAGAGGCGUUCCAUCCCCAUCCGGAUCAACCUAUAUAUACCGACGCCGAUAAGGGACAUGUUCAGAUGAAAGAGGGUAUGUCGCUGGAGAUUGUGGAUUUACGAUGA